AGAUGUUAAAUUAAUUCAGUGUGUGGCUGCUGUAAACGGACCGCUUCAUGUAUUUUUUAAGGGCAAACACAGGGCUGAACGUGCGAGCGGUGUGUCGUAUUUUAGAAUAAUGUGACAGGCUUAAUGUGGAGCAGAGACUGGGAGACGUUUUGUGAGAUAUCUGGUGGUUUAUUGGGCUCUUUUCAUCAGUCAACCAAAAGCCACAGGAAACGUUGAAGUUGUCGGCCAAUCAGAGGCGGAGAAUCCGUAGCAGCCGGAAGUCGUCAUCGCCAGCGGAGCGGCGUUCCCGCGAAGACUUGAGACGUCGCUGAGUAGUCACAGCAUCAUGAGCAAGAGGAAGCUGCAACAUGCUCAUUUGCCGGCGGGAGAAUGCGUCUCACAGCUUCAGGAGUUGUUGAGGCAGCGGCUGUGUCAUCAGCAGCUCCCUGACAGGCCCGAGGGAUUGGAAGCUCAACACAAACACCUCCUGGAGCUGCUGAAGAGGACGUCCGUCCACGGGGAGAGUAACUCGGUGCUCAUCGUCGGCCCCAGAGGAGCCGGGAAAACAAUGCUGCUGAAGUGUGUGCUGCGAGAUCUGCAGGAGGAAAAGGAAGCGGAGAAGAACCUGCUCCAGGUUCACCUCAACGGUCUCCUGCAGACUGACGACAGAAUAGCGCUGAAAGAAAUAACGCGGCAGCUCCACCUGGAAAACGUCGUCGGCGACAAAGUGUUUGGCAGUUUUGCAGAGAAUCUGACUUUCCUGCUGGAGGCGCUGAAGAAAGGUGAUCGCAGCAGCAGCCGCCCGGUGCUCUUCGUCCUGGAUGAGUUCGACCUGUUCGCGGCGCACAAGAACCAGACGCUGCUCUACAACCUGCUGGACGUGUCCCAGUCGGCCCAGGCCCCCGUCGCCGUGGUGGGCGUGACCUGCAGACUGGACGUCCUGGAGCUGCUGGAGAAGCGCGUGAAGUCGCGCUUCUCCCACCGUCAGAUCCACCUGCUGAGCAGCCCCACCUUCGCCGAGUACCUGGGGCGGGUCCGGACCCGCCUCGGCCUGCCGGACCACUUCCCCGACGGCCGGUUCGCGGCGGACUGGAACGCCAGCGUAGAGACUCUGUGUGAAGACAAAUCGGUGGAGGAGGUUCUACGGAGACACUUCAACUCCAGCAAGGACUUCCGCUCCCUGCACAUGCUUCUGAUGUUGUGUCUGAGCCGCGUGACAGUGGCCAAACCCUGCAUCAGGCCCGCGGACCUGCUGGAGGCCAGCAGACUGAGCUUCGCGGACGCCAAGGCGAACAUGCUCCACGGUCUGUCCAUCCUGGAGCUGUGCCUGAUCAUCGCCAUGAAGCACCUGAACGAGGUCUACGAAGGGGAGCCCUUCAACCUGCAGAUGGUUCACAACGAGUUUAAGAAGUUCCUGCAAAGAAAGUCGAACUCCAUGUACAACUUUGAGCAGCCGGUCAUCUUGAAGGCCUUCGAGCACCUGCAGCAGCUGGAGAUGAUCCGGCCGGUCGACAGCUCCUCGGCCAAAACUCAGAGGGAGUACCAGCUGAUGAGACUCAUGCUGGACCACAGUCAGAUCAUGGAGGCCCUGCAGAAGUACCCACAAUGCCCCACGGAGGUCAAGCAGUGGGCCAUGUCGGUGUUCGGCUAGGACUCCGCCUUCACCGCUGUUCUGUUUUCUGUGAAAUGACACCUUAGAGGUUUGGCUGCCAUCUGUGCAGAUGUUUGUAAAAAUGUACUCAGAAUAUCAUUUGUUCUGGACGUCAGUUACUGUAAAUAAUGAGUUAUCAUCUGGUGAUUAAAUAAAAUGUAUCACGUAGCAAUAAUGUUGUCAUUAAAUCAAGACACCAGUUGUGUGAUUUCACUUUGCAC